CAGAACCCAUUGGAUGAGAAGGUCGGUGAACAGGGACCACUACCGGGGGUGUGCGUGGGAAUGUUGCAUGCGCCUUAUGCUCUAGUUUCUGUUAUUCUGUCUCUAAGGAGACCGGGCAAGGAGAGGGAGGAAUUGUGGGGAAGGAGAGUAGGUUUUUAAAUAAAUUGCACUUUAUAGUCACACUUGUGCUGGUCUAUGGAAUAAUUUGUGAAAUUACAUUGCAUAGGACCUCCUUCACCGGCCAGUUUUUGAAACGCAGGUAAAUGUAUCACCGCUGAAUCAUUGUAUUAUCAGAUGUUUAACUGGACUGUUGACUGAAGAAGAUUUUACCCGCACUUUGUUUAAAAUAUUGAAUUUGAACCACACAAACAAUCGCAUAUAAAAGGCUACCCAAAAGAAGGCUAUCGAUUUAAAUUAAACAGAGCGUAAUCGGGUAGUAUCCUCAACUGGCCCAAACCACCCAUAAAAUGACAUCCGUGGAUCUGACCGUUCGGUCCAGUCCUGGUCCUAACCCAGGUCCUCACAGCGAGACAGACUACCAACCCCAGUCGGCCCUGAUGCAUCGCAGCUCGUUCACAGGGACAGCCGACACCCGCUUCAGUGCCUGGACCCCCAUCACAAACAAGACCUCCAACCACCAGUUGUUUGAGGAGCGGACCACCCUGGUGCUUCACUGGUUUGACCUUUGGACUGACCGCCAGAGAAAACUCUUCCUGCAGGCGCUGCUGUCACAAUGCACCAGGUCCCAGCUCAAGAACUGCAGGGAUUGGCUGAUGCAGAUCGUGCCGGUGACGCGCUUGGACUUCACCUCCGUGUUGCCACGGUUCCUGUCUCUCUAUGUGAUGUCAUUUCUGACCCCUCGUGACCUCUGCUCUGCCGCACAGGUCAGCUGGCAUUGGAGGGUCCUGGCUGAACAGGACUGUCUUUGGUCGGUGAGGUGUGUGCGCCGGGGCUGGUUCCUGCCCUAUAAUCCAGGGGACAGAGAGUAUGGUGGGUGGAAGAGCCACUAUGUGUCCUGUGUGUCCACUCUGGACUGGCUGACACCCAGAGAGGCAGCACAAACGUACGGCACCCUCAACAUGCCCUGCUCCGGAGAGAGGGAGGAGGAGGAGGAGAGACGCAGGGAGAGGAGGAUCAGACAAACCAUCCGGGAGAGAGUGGAGGAGCAGAAGAGAGCUUCGCUGACGUCCAGACCAGCCUGGAGGAGCAACAGCAACAGACCAGUGGGAAUAGUGGUCAGCCGUCCCCAGGCUGGUUCUCCCAGGCUGGUGCCUGGGAGAACGAGGAGCGUUCAGCCCUCUCCCUCCUGGUUGUUAGACAGGACGGGACGUGUCUGUUUAACCCCUGACGUCAGCCUUAACUUGACCCCCACUCUGACCCUGGAGAAGAGCCAGCUCUCCAGCCAUGUGAGGUCCCAGGCCAUGGGGGACAGUGUGAACAGAGGAGGUUGGCCCACUUCCACCAGUAGCAGACCCAGAGCCUCUUCCUCUCUCUCUCCAUCACCACCUCUUCUGCUGCUGCUGUCCAACAGGAUACCUGCCUAUGAGUUGGUACUGUGUGGUGUGAGAGUAGGAGUGGUGGUGGUUCUAUACGACCACAGAGGGACCCUGCAGGCUCUGUUAUCCCAGGCAGAGAGGGCUCUGGGUGGGCAGCGAGCUCAGAGACUUGGGGUGCUGGCUCCUGGAGGUACGGAGGAGAUCACUCUGCUGCAAGGCUACAAGGUGACAGAGAAGAGUGUGCUGACCCCGGACUACAGGGAAUUCUGGGAGAAGCUGUGUGGCUGGGUCGUUCUACCUGAGGAGGGAGGAGGGGUGGACAUCUUCUGUCCCCUCGCAGCGUCUGCCAGAGGAGUGCUGCUGGUCCAGUCUCUGUCUACUCUGACAGGGCUAGAGGUCUCAGCUCCUACUGGGAUGGCCACCGGAUGCUUCCAGAACAUCCUGAGUGAGUGGUCAUGUAACAGUGGUGACUGGACCGGGGCUAGAGGUGUGUGUGCGUCCCCCCCCGCCCAGCGCUACGUGUGUGAGGGUGUGUUACAGGGAUGGAGCUGGCAGACCCAGUGGCUGGAGGAGGCUCUAGGAGCCCUGAGGGACCAUCUGGGGCCACAACUACCACGACUGAGUGUGGACACCAGGGGACGAGUACUGGGUCAGUUUCUAUGGGAGGCGGUAGCUCUAGAUCAUCUCAGUGUCUCUAAGGAGGUGACUGUAGCUCUGACUGAGGGUCUCACAGCACUGGCAGCAGAGGAGACCAGACCUCUGGAGUUCCUCUCUCUCUUCCUGAGACGAUGGGGGGAGAAAAGGAAAGAUAUAAACGGAGGAGUGGAGGAAGGAGAGGAGAGAAGAGGAGAGGAGACAGAAGGAGGAGAGAGGAGCUCUGUGUUUCUGACAGAGAGGGGUCCACACAGACUCCUCAGUCCUAUCCCAGAGAUACAACAGGAGUGGCGUGGUGUAGUGGUGAGGGAGCUGUAUAUCAGUGAGUGUGUUUAUGUGAGGAGGCUGGAGUCAGUGGUGAAGGUCUACCAUGAUCCCCUGCUGUCAGCUCUUCAGUCUAACAGAGCCAUCCUCAGCUCCGCCCACAUCAACAUGGUCCUCACACCUGUAGCACACAUACUGGACAUCAACAGGUUGUUUCUAUCAGAACUGGGGUCUAGAUUGCAGCAGUGGGAGGCUGAUCAGUGUGUAGCUGAUGUGUGUGUGAAAUUCUGCUCCAAACUCAGAGUGUACACCAACUACCUCAACAACUACCCUACUGCCCUACUCAUCAUAGACAAGUGCAGAGAGAUGAACCCUGCUUUCCGAGCUUUCCUAAAGAGACAAGACAGAACCCUGGAGACACACAUGCUGAGUCUGCAGGAGCUGUUGCUGUGUCCAGUGUGGCGUAUGGAGGAGUAUGUAACUCUGCUGCAGGCGCUGUCUCUACACACAGUCUCUCAACACUCCGAUCACACACAGCUGUCUGGCGUAUUGGACAAACUCACCCACUACAGGGACUUCAUACACAAGCUGAAGAGGAACUCAGAGAAAGCCACAAGGAUGCAGGAGACCCAGCGACAGAUCCGGGGCUGUCCAAACUUGUGUGAGGGGGGCAGACAGCUAAUCACCACUCAGGACGCGGCUCUGCUUAGAUGCCCCAGUGAUGACAUCACAGCCUCACUCAGGAUGUAUGAACACGUUUCUGACGUGGGUCUGUUCUUGUUCAACGACGCAAUGGUUCUGACCGAGAGGAAUGUGUGUCACCGACCCUUCACACACACACACUGCGACACACACACCUUCCUGGCCUCUGUCGCCCUGCACAGCCUCACCCUCAGAGAGAUCACAGACACGCGCUAUGUGUGUCAUGGGUUUGUCCUGGAGGGUCCUAGUCGUGUGUGGGUUUGUGCUAUAGAGAGAGAGGAGGACAAGGAGAGGUUCCUUUGCACCCUGCGUUCAGCCAUACACACUGCCAUCACAGAAAGUUAGGGUAGAGAACACCACCAUAGACGAGGGAAGUAGUCUCUCUCUCUCUCUCUCUCUCUCUCUCUCUCUCUCUCUCUCUCACUCACUCACUCACUCACUCACUCACUCACUCGCACGCACACACACAACAGUUUAGCCAGAUCACACUUGAAAAAGAGGGUUUUGACCUCAUUGGGACUUCCUGGUUUGAUACAAUCCGUCAUUUUUCAAUCAACCACUAGGUGGCAGGAAAGAGGAUUUCUGCAACCAGAUAGUAUGAGUCUCCAUAGAUGGCCAAGCUCCAAGGUUAAAUUUGACUGAAUCGAAAAAUAUAUAAAACAUGUUCUUGAUAUAAGGUUAGCAGUGUGUUUAGGUUUAAGGUUAAAAUCACAUUUUAAGAACAUAUUGUAGAACUACACAGGGUUUCUGACUAGACAGAGUUCUAAAAUAUAGGGAUGACCUGAGAGUAACUUGGCCAGAUAGUGACGACCUGAGAGUACUACCUUGGCCAGAUAGUGACGAUCUGAGAGUACCUUGGCCAGAUAGUGACGACCUGAGAGUACUACCUUGGCCAAAUAGUGACUUCCUGAGAGUAACUUGGCCAGAUAGUGACUUGCUAAGAGUAACUUGGCCAGAUAGUGACGACCUGAGAGUACUCCCAUGGCAAGAUAGGGACGAUCUGAGAGUACUCCCAUGGCAAGAUAGGGACGAUCUGAGAGUACUCCCAUGGCCAGAUAGUGACGAUCUGAGAGUACUACCUUGGCCAGAUAGUGACGAUCUGAGAGUACUACCUUGGCCAGAUAGUGACGAUCUGAGAGUACUCCCAUGGCCAGAUAGUGACGAUCUGAGAGUAGUCCCUAACUGUCCUCCUGUAUUCUAUGUAUGCUUCAUACUUCUUCUGUAUCACUAGUUAACAUUAAACAUGUCAUAACCUGUC